CGCGCAAUGCGUGCACGCGGGCAUUGUGCUGUGAGUCUGUUGCCAUAGCAACGGUUUGUUGACAGGUGAUGUGAAGUUGCCUGAAUACACGGGGCAAUGAAACUCAAACGGUUCUUUCUCAGAUAUUAUCCACCAGGUAUAAUCUUGGAAUAUGAAAAAGGAGGAUAUUUGAGGACCAAAUCAAUCGACCUUUUGGAUUUAACUUCAGAAACAAACCCAGAUGAGUUGUUGGCAGAAAUCAGGCAGUCAGAGCCUUUGAUCACAGAGUCCCGGGCUGAUCAGGUCAAACAACUGAUCCUUCGACUUCAGCAGAAACAGGGCCAGCAGGACCACCACAGGUUCUGUUUCUUCAAGGAGCUAAAGGCACACAUUCUGCCGCUGACAAACGUUGCCUUUGACAAAUCAGGGUCAAGGUUUAUAACUGGGAGCUAUGACAGGACAUGUAGAGUUUGGGACACAGCCUCAGGCACAGAGCUGCACGCACUAGAAGGUCACAGAAACGUGGUGUAUGCAAUUGCAUUCAACAACCCCUAUGGAGACAAGAUUGCCACCGGCUCUUUUGAUAAGACAUGCAAACUGUGGUGUGCUGAGACGGCCAAAUGUUUUCAUACCUUUCGCGGACACAUGGCAGAAAUAGUGUGCCUGGCAUUCAACCCCCAGAGUACACUGGUGGCCACAGGCAGCAUGGAUGCCACUGCCAAGCUGUGGGAUGUGGAGACUGGGGAGGAGGUGGCCACUCUGACUGGCCACACUGCAGAGGUCCUCUCUCUAUGCUUUAACACAGUGGGAAAUCAGCUUGUCACUGGCUCCUUUGACCACACUGUUGCUAUAUGGGAUGUUGCUUCAGGAAGACGUGUCCACACUCUGAUUGGUCACAGGGGGGAAAUCAGCAAUGUUCAGUUUAACUGGGAUUGCUCCCUCAUAGUAACAGGCUCCAUGGACAAAACCUGCAAGUUGUGGGAGGCAGUCAGUGGGAAGUGUGUGGCCACCCUAGUUGGACACAAAGAAGAGGUGCUAGAUGUGUGCUUUGAUUUAAGUGGUCAGCUCAUUGCUACUGCCUCUGCUGAUGGUACAGCGCGAGUGUUCAGUGCAACCACACAUCAGUGUCUCGUGACCCUAGAGGGCCAUGAUGGAGAGAUCUCUAAGAUCUGUUUCAGCCCCCAGGGCAGCAGGGUCCUGACUGCCAGCUCAGACAAGACAGCUCGUCUUUGGGAUGUUCAGUCUGGAGUCUGCCUACAAGUCCUGGAGGGGCACACAGACGAGAUCUUCUCAUGCGUCUUCAACUAUGAGGGUGACACUAUAAUUACAGGCAGCAAGGAUAACACGUGUCGGAUCUGGUACUGACCCUUCCCUUGACCCUUACAAGGCUCAGACAGGCAUAUACAUGGACACAACAAUCAGUUUACCAUGUAUGUCACUGUAUAUCUUUCUAAUUGUACAAUACCAACUGAAAAAUCUGUAGUCAUAUUGAGGUAAAUGUCUGGUUUACCGCAUCUGUGUAAGGUUUAAGUGGCAUUGCAAAUCAUCGCCGCUUCAUUAUAUAAUUUUUCUCUCUGAUGUUCCUCCUGUUCUUUCGUUUGUUUAAAGCUUCACUUGUUCCCUGACUGUACUAGAUUUAUACUGUGUCUGACCAGUAGACAUAGCCUUCUGUUUACUGUGGAGUUAACAGUGUGGUAACUUGGCUCAUAAAAUGUCAUCAAGCAGUUGGAAGUCUUCGACUAUGUUUUUGGGAUGGUUUGACAUUUUGGGACAUAUGCUUGGACAAAGCCAGGAGGCGAUUAGCUUAGCUUAGCAUAAAGACUGGAAGCAGCUGGCUCUGUCCAAAGUUCAAAAAUACACCUACCAGCCCCUCUAAAGCUCAGUUAUUAACAAGCUACAUACUUACAGCACAUAACUCCCCGUAAGACCACAACUUGUUUUUACAUUUCUGUUUGUGUUGCAAUUUAACAAACCAGCUAUGUGGAUUUUUAAACUUUAGACAAAGCCAGGCUACAGUAGCUGUGUGAGGCUAGGCUACUCAUCUUCUGGCUCUAGCUUCCUAUUUAAAAGACAGGAAUGAGAGUGGUCUUCUCAUCUAAGCAUAUUAAGCAUACUUCCCAAAAUGACAGACUAGUUCUUUGAAGCAUGUUUUUAAAAUACAUGUGAACAUGCUUUGUAAAUAUACUGUACCUGAUAUUCAAUGAAGCUGUGUAGAGACUUUUAGCAAGUGUGACCUAGACUCAUCGACCUGAGCUGUAAACAUCCCAAAUUUUGUUUUGUUUAAUCAUAUUCAUACAUGAGCAUUGCUGUGUCAUCUUCAUUAGCCCGUUAUCAGCUAACAAAGGUAAUCUUCUGAUAUUUCUGUUCCUACUGCCUUGUAUGUUUUCUGUAAGCAUUAUUUUCUAAAAGCACAAUACAAUGAUACAUGUUUAUUCAGUAGCUUCAAGAUCAUAUAGCUGUUGGUUUACAGUCUCACUGCAUCUGCAACACACUUUUGGCAAUACAAUGUAAUACUGAUGUGGAUAAAUGUGCUACUAAACAGUGUUCAGUUCCCUUUCUGCUGAAUGUUACGAAUGAUCAAGACUGCUUGUAUUUCACAUCACAGAAAUUUAUUGAUGUCAAAAGAUAAAUACAUUCAGUUCUACCAUGACAGAGUUUACAGCGGAAUUGUGUGCUUUUCUUUCCCAAUGCUGAUGUAACACUAGAGUACCACUAAGUAGAGAAAUAAACGGACCAAAUUCACAUACAAAUUCAACAUUACAAACCGUACUCUGUUUUCCUGACAUAGUAAAAGCUAAAGAGAGCAGUCCACUACUCCAAGGUGCAGCAGUUCCAAAUCUACAGUAUUUACAAAUCAUCUAUCUAAAAUAAUCCGUUCUCAUGUAACAUAAACAAGAUAACAUAUCUACUUGGAACUGAAUUUCAAGGUUUCAACAACAGAGGUGGUAUGUUGGCCGAUGAACACAACAAAGAUAUGGGCAUUUUGUUACUUUGAGCAAAUGUGCACUAUUAAAUGGCGAAUCCGAA